CGUUUCAUAUUCUUUGGCUGUCUCGAUGGGGGCUUUGAUCCAGGCACACUCGUUGGGCUAUCAGAAGAAAGAAAGACCAAGAAGAUCUGACCGAAAAAGAAAUCGUCAACCUACACGGUAGAUUAUUAGUCAGUCAUACGGUACAACUCUGACAACUAUACUGAGCCACUCCGGAUAGACCACUUGUGGACAAAUCGGUCACUAGCACACAGCUUUGUCCUUGAUGGGCUUAGACGGAUAUAGCUGAACAGCUGAAGAUGGUGAAAGAUAAAAAGAGGGAGAUCUCCUACAAGGAAAUCUUUUGGUAUGCUCGAGAUCAUCGCCUACUCAGAGACCAUAUAAAGCCAUCUACACCUCACAACCUCUCGUUGCUGCAAAACCACUCCCAAGUUAUCAUCAGUAUUCAAGUUUCACACACAAAAAUGCCUUCCCACUCUCACUACAACAGCCAAAGCUUGAGUGGCAGUCACCAAUGCCACACAAGCACCUACACAACAAGCACCGGAGGAUCUUACCAUAAAUCCUCCACGGCCAGCGGUGGAUUAUCGAUGCUAGGGUCCUCGAAGGAUCAGUCAAACUGGCGAUGGAAUUGUUGCAACUGUAGGGAGGGCGCGAACAACUCUUACAUGUUCAAUAGUGACUGCCCCAUGUGUUCACAUGCCAGGUGUACCCAAUGCAGUUUCUGGGGGACCGAGUAAGACAGCCAACCAAGCUAGGCAUGAAGCCUUUCCAGUGUCGAGUCUCCAGCCGGGCAUUGUUUGAGGGGAUAGACUCGAAAGCGUAUACACGGCGUGAUUGGAUUUUUGACUAGGAAAACUGGGAUUAUCUUCAGGCGUUCAAAGAAUAAAGAGCUCCUCGUGGGGGGCGGGGAUAUAU